AUGUCGAGCAUCGUGAAGGAGAUCCUGGCCGGCCCGAUACAGAUGGCUGACCAGGUAUCGAAGAUGUCGGAAGACGUUCAGAAUUUCAGGCAGGAAUGUCUUGAGUUGAAGGCCAAAACAGAGAAGCUAGCAGGUCUCCUCCGUCAAGCCGCAAGGAACAGCAAUGACUUGUACGAACGUCCCACGAGGCGCAUCAUAGAUGACACCGAACAAGUCCUCGACAAAGCACUUGCACUCGUCACCAAAUGUCGCACAAAUAGCGUCAUCAAACGACUCUUCACAAUCAUCCCCGCCACUGCGUUUCGCAAGACCUCCGUGCAGCUUGAGAAUUCCAUUGGAGAUGUCCAAUGGCUCCUUCGAGUCUCCGCUUCCGCUGAUGAACGAGACGAUGAGUAUUUGGGUCUUCCACCAAUUGCUGCCAACGAACCUAUUCUCUGCCUUAUUUGGGAACAGGUUGCCAUUUUGCUUUCAGGCUGUUCCAUAGAGGAACGUUCGGACGCUGCUGCUUCAUUGGUUUCUCUUGCUCGUGACAACGACCGCUAUGGAAAAUUGAUUAUCGAGGAAGGUGGAGUUCCCCCACUUCUGAAAUUGUUGAAAGAAGGUCGAAUGGAUGGUCAGGAAAAUGCUGCAAGGGCUAUUGGGUUGCUUGGGAAAGAUCCCGAAAGCGUGGAACACAUUGUGAAUGCAGGGGUUUGCUCUGUGUUUGCGAAAAUCCUCAAAGACGGUCACAUGAAGGUUCAGACGGUGGUGGCAUGGGCUAUUUCAGAGUUGGCCGCACAUCAUCCCAAAUGUCAGGAUCACUUCUCCCAGAACAAUGCCAUACGCUUGCUCGUCAGCCAUCUUGCAUUUGAAACCAUUCAAGAGCACAGUAAGUACUCCAUUGCCACUAAACAAAAGAUGUCUAUCCAUUCGGUUUUGAUGGCCAGUAAUACAACCAAUCCCGAUGAUGAUAAGAAAAUUGUACAAGAAGAAGAUGAUAAUAAUAAUAAUAAUAAUAAGCAGAUUUCUCACCCGAUGGUGAAUCAAUCCUCUAACCAGAUGCACAAUUUGGUGACUAACACAUUAGCCAUGAAUGCUAAUAAUAAGGGAAACCCCAACAACAACAACAAUGCAAAGAAGCAGCACCAUGUGAAUGGGAAUCCGCAUGUGUCAAUUGCUGGGACAAGUAUUAAGGGGAGGGAAUUUGAAGAUCCAGUUACAAAGGCACAGAUGAAGGCCAUGGCAGCUAGAGCACUGUGGCAGCUCUCGAGGGGAAACUUGACUAUCUGUCAUAGCAUAACUGAAUCAAGGGCUCUUCUGUGCUUCGCGGUUCUAUUGGAAAAAGGCCCUGAUGAUGUUCAAUCCUAUUCAGCAAUGGCCUUGAUGGAAAUCACAGCUGUGGCAGAACAACAUGCAGAGUUGAGACACACUGCUUUCAAGCCCACUGCACCUGCUGCCAAGGCUGUUGUAGACCAGAUUCUUAAAGUUAUUGAGAAAGCUGACUCUGAACUCCUCGUACCUUGCGUCAGAGCUGUUGGUAACCUCGCUAGGACUUUCAGAGCAACUGAAACAAGAAUCGUUGCCCCAUUGGUGAGGCUGCUUGAUGAAAGAGAAGCACAGAUUUCUAUGGAAGCCGCCAUUGCCCUCAACAAAUUCGCUUGUUCAGACAAUUAUCUCCAUGAGAAUCACUGCAACGCCAUCAUAGAGGCAGGUGGUGCAAAGCACUUAAUUCAACUAGUUUACUUCGGGGAACAAAUGGUCCAAAUUCCUUCGUUAACUCUUCUGUGUUACAUAGCAAUGCACGUCCCCAAAAGCGAGACUCUUGCCCAAGAAGAGGUCCUCAUAGUUCUUGAAUGGUGCACAAAGCAGGCACAUCUGAUCGAAGAUCCCUCCAUUGAACCACUGUUACCCGAAGCCAAAAGUAGGUUGGAACUCUAUCAAUCAAGAGGUACAAGAGGAUUCCGUUGA